UCGGUUUGUGGGGGCGAGAGAAGGUAGAGAAAUCGAGAAAGGAAGGAGGAAAGAAAGAAAGAAAGAAAGAAGCAAAAGAAAGAAAAGCCAUUACAUUACAGCCAGAGAACUCAGAACCAAAAUAAAAAUAAAUAAAUAAAUAAAUAAAAUAAAUAAAAUAAAAAUAUUUUAGUUAUUAAUAUUAUCAUUGCCUUGAAGAGAAGGUGGUGUUGGUGCCAUACCCAUCCGGUUCUCCCCUACUCCCACCCAGACCUCCUUCCUUCUUUCCCUUCUCUCUUUCUCUCUCUUUCCUUCUCUAUCUCUCUCUCUAUCUCUCUCUGCACCUUCUUCUUCCAUUCGCAAAACCCUCUUAAUCUUUUCCCUCAUAUUUUUUCUGGGAAUUAUUUUUUUUUUGCUUUGUUUUCUGGGUUUUUUGGUUUAGACCUUUUCUGUUCGAUUUUUAUGAAAACAAGCAGUAAUUGACUUAGCGCUGCUAAGUUUUUUUUUUUUUUUUUUUUUUUUUCUCCCUUCAAUUUUUUUUUUCUUGGGAUUUUUUGGGUGGUGGUGUCAUGAGGAGAGGGAGAGGAGCAGGAGCAGCCAGACCGGUGGUGGCGGCGGCUGCGCCGCCGGUGGAGGUCAACAACGGAUCGGCGACGAGAAAUAUGGCUAAAGAGGUUAGAUACAGAGGCGUAAGGAAGAGACCGUGGGGUAGAUUCGCAGCGGAGAUCAGAGACCCGUGGAAAAAGACUCGGGUCUGGCUCGGUACCUUCGACUCAGCGGAAGACGCCGCUCGAGCCUACGACGCGGCGGCUCGAUCUCUACGUGGAGCCAAAGCCAAGACCAAUUUCCCGAUGGCUUACUCGCUCUCUCCGCCUUUUUGUUACCAGAAUCCCAGCGAUCCCUUCGCAGAUCACCGGCUUUACGGUCCCGGUGGGUUUCAGGAGCAUCCGGUUGACCCUCAGAGACCCACAUCCAGCAGCUUGAGCAGCACCGUCGAGUCGUUCAGUGGGCCCAGACCGCCUCCUACUUCUACGGCGACGACGAUCGCUCCUGCCGUUUCUUCACGGCGGCGAUAUCCUCGUACGCCGCCUGUGAUGCCUGAGGAUUGCCAUAGCGACUGCGAUUCGUCGUCUUCGGUCGUCGACGACGACAAUGGAGAUAUCGUGUCGUCCUCGGCUUGUCGUAAGCCUCUGCCUUUUGAUCUCAAUUUUCCGCCUGUCGAUGAGGUUGACUUCGCCGCUGAUGGGCACGAUCUACACUGUACGGCUCUAUGCCUCUGAUUUAUGAUGAUGAUCAUGAUGAUCAAUGAUUCAAAAUCUUUUCUUUUUUCUUUUUAAUUUGUCUCUUUUUUCGAAAUAUUAUUAUGCGGAAAAAAAAGAGAAAAAAAAAUUUAUCAGAUAAGAUUAUGAAAACAAAAAAAAAAAAAAAAUGAUCUUAUGAAAUGUUGUUUGAAGAGAAAUUACUUUUUUUUUUUUUUUAAAGGAAAUAUUAUGAGGAUGAUGUUGUUGUUGUAAUGUGUAGCAGGAUUAAUAUGUUAUCAUGCUAUCUAAUCUUAUCUGGGUUUCUCACU